AGCGCAACGCAACGUAAGUCGUUGAUCAAAAUGACAAGCUGGGUAUAAAGGUUAUGUUCACAUAACCAGAAGUUAUUUUUUAAUUUAGUAGUUUUAUUGUGGUGUCGUUACCUAAUUCCUUUCCCGGAUAUUGUUUUAAUUUUAUUCCCCUGCAAAAUGGCUCUGAGAAACGGUGUUCGUCGCGGUGGUGCCUUAAUUUCUAAUUAUUUCCGAAGUUACUCAAGCUCUGGGCCCCUUGUUAACGUCGCCGUUAACGAAAAAACAGGGGUUGCGACGGCAACCCUCAACCGCCCCCCUGUGAACAGCAUGAAUUUGGAGCUCCUUACUGAAAUAUCAAACACUUUGACUCAACUGGAACAGAACAAGUGUAGAGGGUUGAUUCUGACCUCGAGCUCCAAGAGUGUCUUUAGUGCCGGCUUGGACAUCCUUGAGAUGUACAAACCGGACCCCAGCCGCUUGAAAGAAUGGUGGACUGCUUUACAGCAAACUUGGAUUAAACUUUACGGUUCUUCGUACCCUACUGUGGCAGUUAUCAAUGGCCACGCCCCAGCUGGGGGCUGUUUGCUGUCCUUGUCGUGUGAAUACAGAAUAAUGUUGAACAAUUUCACCAUUGGUUUAAACGAGACCCAACUUGGGAUUGUGGCCCCACAAUGGUUCAUUGCGUCCAUGAGGAAUGUGAUUGGAACGAGACAGACUGAAUUGGCUUUAACUAGCGGCAAUCUUUUCUCAACUGACGAAGCUUUGAAAAUUGGAAUGAUUGACGAGGUGGCGGCUAGCAAAGAGGAUGGCAUUGCAAGAGCGGAGAAGUUUUGCGGAAGAUUCGCCAGAAUUCCGCCAAUUGCAAGAGCCAGAUCCAAGUUGGGAGUGCGAGGCGCUGACAUACAAGACCUCACUAACAAUCUCCAAAAAGAUUACGAAUAUGUGGCGAAUUACGUAGCUCAGGACAGUGUGCAAAAGGGGUUGGAAAUGUAUCUGCAAUCAUUGAAGCAGAAACAGAAAUAAGGAUAUUAUAAGUUGAUAUUCUUUUAUAUAAUGAAGUGUAAAAUUUAUUAUCCAAACCAAGAAUAUGUGCUAUAACGUCAUCCUUGAGAUCAGGCGCGUAUUCCUUAUUCAAAUCCUCAAACUCCUGCCUUUGGAUUUCAAGAAAGUGGUUAAUUUCCAGCACUUUCCCCCUGUUUCGCUUGAUCUCAUUCCUACAAGUUGUGGAUAUUUUUCGGGAAAAGUAAAGGCAUAACUUACGUGUUUAAAUCGUCGAUUAAAUCAUUUAGCCAAUCCUUGGCGUUCGAAAUGAGAGUGUCUUCUCUCGCAUCGAUAAUCUGCAUGUGCAUAUCGUGACUUGUUGCCAACGCGUUGUGCAGAAGAUCCUUAUCUGCCAUAAGCUGUAAUCUCAUUGAAAUUAUUAAUAAAGCAAGUGCCGGAAGUUACCGGUUUAAGAACUGCGGGAACUUCGAUUUCCUCAUUCAAA